CAUUCGCAUUUGGCAGUUGGCACCCAAGUCCUUAUCUACUCAAUAAUCUAAAAUCUCAAACCUUGAGCUGAUUUGUUCAUACAAUUAACGACUUCUAUCUCAUCGUUUCUAACAUUGAAUCACUAAAAAUUCAGUUUUUCUUUUUUGUUCUGUACAAAUAUCCGGAUCAUAAUAUCCAUAUACAUAGCAGAACUCUGAAGAAAUUCCCAAAAUUCGAAAGCAGAAAAAGAAAAUCAUUUCUUUUCCAAGGAUUUAUUGAUCGAUAGCAAAAAUUCAAAACAUAGUAUGGAAAAGAUGAAGAAUGUAUUGAAGCCGAAACCUAAUCCUCAGCAAUUACUCAAAGAUUGGCAGCGUCGCCUCCGCCAAGAGUGUCGCAAUAUCGAACGCCAAAUCCGAGACAUACAGAGAGAAGAGAAGAAUGUGCAGAAAGCGAUCAAAGAGGCUGCAAAGAGAAAUGACAUGGGUUCUGCUAAGGCACUAGCGAAAGAAAUUGUGAGAUCUAGGAAGACUGUGAACCGUCUGUAUGAAAAUAAAGCACAGAUGAACUCAAUAUCAAUGCAUCUAGGAGAAAGCGUUGCUAUUGCUCGUACCGUGGGGCAUUUAUCAAAAAGUGCUGAAGUCAUGAAGCUUGUCAAUAAUCUUAUGAAGUCUUCAGAAGUUGCUGUAACCAUGCAAGAAUUCAGCAAAGAAAUGACCAAGGCUGGUAUAGUUGAAGAGAUGAUGAAUGACACGUUGGACAACGCACUAGAUUCAGAAGACAUAGAAGAGGAGACGGAAGAAGAAAUUGAAAAGGUUUUAUCAGCAAUUGCUGGUGAGACUGCUGCCCAACUUCCUGAAACAAUAAGGAAACAGAAGCUCAAGCAACCUGCAACUAGCCAAGAUGCAGAGGUAUGUUUUAACGCGUCGCAAGCGGCUAUUCAUCAUCCCCUUUUCCGGUUCUUAAACUUUUCGAGCGAUUUUAUAAACUUGCAGGAGAAUGUUGAUGACGAGGAAGAGCUAGAAGAGAUGAGGGCUCGUCUUGCAAGAGUUCGCUCAUAAGUUUUACUUUUGUUUCUCUUUUCCCCUCUUGUUGUCAAUUUGGUGAGGCCAUAACACACAAAAUGAGUCAUAUGUAUCUUAACCUCAUUGUUGUAAUAUUAUUGUUAUUCGGUACAAGCAGUCCAAUGUUAUACUC